GUGAAUCAACACUUUUGCAGAGACGAUCUUCGUUGUCAACAUGGCCGCGCGCCUGUGAAUGUCAUGCUAGCUUCUUCGUUUGGGUUGCAUCGUCUUUUCGUUAAUCUAUUUUGAGACUUUGAAGCUCAUUGUAUGUUUCUUUCGUAUUUGACUCUAGAGAGUUGAUUAUUUAGUAAAAUCUAGCAGUGGUCCGCUUCCGUUGGAGAUGGAUCCCGACCAACAGCUCAGAAACCUGAGGGACUUCCUGCUGGUUUACAACCGCAUGACUGAAAUCUGCUUCCAACGAUGCUCAAGUAACUUCAAUUACAGAAACCUCACGAUGGACGAGGAGCGCUGUGUGGACAGCUGUGCGGGGAAGCUGAUUCGCUCUAACCACCGCCUGAUGGGCACCUAUGUGCAGCUGAUGCCUAAGAUGGUGCAACGUCGGAUGGAGGAGAUGGAGAGCAAGGCUGCAGAGAAUGCAGCAGCAGUAGCUGUCACAACCUCAUCCUCAGAAGCCUCGCCAGCCUUUCAGGCGUCUAUAGAUUCACCCCCACCUCCUGAUCUGCCUCCCUCCGGGACUCGAGUUGUAUCAGAGGUUCAAAGCUCUGUCUUAAAGUCAGCAGGAUUAGAAAUUCUCGCUGACACGACAGCCACAGAAGCCAAAUUAUCAGCUACUGCACCUAGGUCGGAAACGGAUGGAACAGUGGCAGGAUUACUCCAGUCAUCCAUUCCAGGAUUUCAAACUGAUUCUGGUGGCUCGAAAGUUACAUCCUUAUCAGUAAAAGAGUCAACAUCAGCAUCUAUAGAGUCUAAAACGGGGAAGGCCUGACAGGCAAAGAGAGAAUCCCAGAUGUUCCAGAUGUUUCCUCGCCAACAGUUGGAACUUGUUGAACUUUAUAAAAACAUUAAUAUGGGAUCAAAUUAGUCUUUUUUAAAUUAUUUUCUGAUUACUAUAAAAUAUCUUUAAGGGUUAAAAUUCCUCUACUUUUGUCCUUUAUAUUUGUUUUUAUUUUGUCUUUUAUUGUUGACUCUGAUAAAAUGUCAAUAAAACAUGAUCCUGGUGAAAUAAUAGUGCCACAAAAGUGGUAAAUCCUGUGCGUGUGUAACUAGUCUCAAAAUCAUUUUGUACUUGUGAACUGGUCUGUGUGUAAUGUAGUUCUGUCUGUGUAUACCAGGUAGGGCUGGGCAAUCAAUGGAAAAUCUAUCAUCGACAUUUCUGACUUAUCGAGAUAAUUUUUCCCAUGUCAAUACAUUUGACAGUAAAAAAAUGAAAAGAUG